AUGGAGGGCUAUGGUGGAACAACAAUGGAGAGCUUUGAGAACGUACUAAACCCCCUCCUUACUGAAGACAACGGAGAGUCCUUUGCUUGCCAGACUUUUUCGAUAGAAAUGUUCUCAGCACCUUCUUUUGGUGCCUUGUUUGAUUUGGACUAUGGUAGUAGCAGCAGCUUUAAGGGAGGAGAGAUGAACCCCCCUUCUUUCCUUUUCGAAGAAGAAAGGGGGACGGUAGAAUCCUCUGCCCUCAUUAGCUCUUGUGACCGUUCUAAGACUCUUAGCUCAGAGAGGAGGAGGAGGGGAACGCUUAAUGAGAGGCUCUAUGCCUUGAGGACUCUAGUUCCCAACAUUACUAAGAUGGAUAAGGCAUCCAUAGUGGGUGAUGCUGUGAUUUAUGUCGAGAAAUUGCAAAGAGAAGCAAGAGAACUCAGAAAAGAAAUCGCUAUUCUUGAAUCGACCAUGCAAAGAGAAGGUGGAGGACAAGCAUCUUACAAUAAGAAUACAUCGUCCUCCUACACCAUUAAACACCAUCCCAAAGCUCAAUCCCUUUGCAGAAAGAUACUUCAGAUGGAUGUGUUUCAGGUUGAUGAGAAUGGGUUUUAUGUAACGAUGAUUUGCGAGAAGAGUGAAGGGGUUCUGGCGGCAACCUGGGAAACUUUGGAAUCCCUCUCGUGCUUCUAUCUACUGUCUUCCAAUUUUGCCACACCAUCCCCGGAACGCACCCUCAUUACAUUUACCCUUCAAAUAGUGGAAUGGCAGAAGAAGAUUAGUGUUCCCGCCGUGGAGCAGCAGCUGACUCACGCCCUCUCGAUGCAUGGCUUUCAAUUCUAA